AAGGAGUGUUGGAGAAUCGGAAUUAACUGAGUUGUGGUUAAAGGGAGAGGCAUGCUGUGGCCUUGCACAGCUCACUGCCUAAUGCACCCUUUGCGACUGGCCAGGAAUUGUACUGUGUCUCUGCCCCUGGCCAGGAACUGCUCUGUGUCUCUGCCCCUGGCCAGGAACUGUACUAUAUCUCUGCCCCUGGUCAGGAACUGCACUGUGUCUCUGCCUCUGGCCAGGAGUUCAGGACAAUUCUCAGGCUGGGGGUUAACUGGGGGGCAGGUACCUGCAUACCUGGAUGAGGCCACUUUACAUCAAGCUGCAUUAUAUGUUCAUUGGCCAUUCUGUGAGAGAAGGUGCACGUACUGCAACUUUAACAAGUAUAUCUCCCCCAGCGUUGAUCAUGAUGCCAUGAGGGAUGGCCUUCUACGAGAGACAGAAACCCUGCUCAGUGUCAGCCAAGUGAAGGAGAUCACUUCGAUAUUCUUCGGUGGGGGCACACCAAGCCUGGCCCGACCGUCCACCAUCGCCCGUGUCCUGGAAACUGUUGCCAGAGUGACCCACGUCCCUCAUGACGUGGAGAUCAGUAUGGAGGCCAACCCCACAUCAGCUGCAGCUUCCAGGCUGGCCGAGUUCAAGGAGGCUGGGAUCACCAGACUGUCUCUCGGGGUGCAGGCAUUAUGUGACCGUGACCUGCGGAUUCUGGGAAGAGACCACACAGCUCAAGAAGCCCUUCGGAGCCUGGAGGAGGCCAGGAAAUUGUUUCCUGGUAACACAUCUGUUGACAUCAUAUUUGGGCGCCCAGGCCAGAGUGUGGAAUCAUGGGAGGAAGAGCUGGAGGAACUGGUAGCAUUGUGUGAUCACCAUGUGUCACUCUAUCAAUUGACAUUGGAGAGGGGAACAGCUCUUUACAAGCAGGUCCAGGAGCAGGCCCUGAGCAUUCCUGAGCAAGAGAAAUUGGCAGAAAUGUACCAAGCAGCAAGGAGAAUUCUGGGAAUGGCAGGAUUCCUUCAAUACGAAGUAUCAAACUUUGCUAAAAGUGGAGCUGUGUGUGAGCAUAACCUUGGUUAUUGGAGAGGAAGGCAGUAUCUUGGCGUGGGCCCAGGUGCCCACGGCAGGUUUAUACCCUGGGGUGAGGAAAAAUCUCUGCGAGAGGCCAGGAUACAGACCCUGGAACCUGACAACUGGCUCAGGGAAGUGAGACAGUUUGGUCAUGGAACCAGGAAGCGAGUACAGCAGACUGAAUUGGACAUAUUGGAGGAAUUGCUGGUUUUGGGGCUCCGAAUGAACGAUGGAAUUACACAUCAGCUUUGGUUGCAGUGUUCACCUGGUUUGAGUCUACAGGAGGCAGUGGGGGAUUCACCUGAAGUGAAGCAGUAUCUGGAGAAGCAGCUACUUGUUCUGGACAACAGAGGGCUGCGGUGUUCCUGGGAAGGCCUGGCAUUACUUGACAUGCUGUUACCCGCUCUCCUCCUCCAACUACAACUUUCCUACCAGAAGUCAGUCACUCACUCCCUGCCUUCGACUGGCUUUGUUCCUCAGGAACUGGGAUCAACAACAAUUGCUCACACGUACAGAGAAACAUAAGUAACACAAAAAAAAUGUCUUGAGGAGCUUCAUGGGAAAGUUCCAGGAAGUGUGAAGGAAAACCGACAUCAAGUAAAGGAGGUAUUUAGGGUAUGUAGCCAAAAACAUGAUCAAGGAUGUACUUUCAGGUCUAGCAUAAAGGAGGAGAGCACAGGGUAGAGUACCAAAGGGAUUUGUGGGUUAGGAAUUCUGAAACUAGCUUGCUGAAGGUAUACGUGGGGGAAGUGAAGGUUUUGUAGGACAGGCCAGAUAAAUGGAGAGGGCUGGGUGUGGAGGGAGUUACAGAGAGCAGAGGUAGACCGGAGUAAGAAGCUGGGGACUUUGAAAUAAGAGUGUGAAUUUUCAUUUAGCUUCCUAUGCAACUGACAUGGUAUGAGGAACUAAUUGCUAACAGGGGCCUUUGUGCUCUCUCUCACCUCUGGGAGGUUAGUUAAAAUCCAGCUGCAUGUAAAUCUGCAGCUUCAGAGGUUUUAUAUGAAAUGUGUGGGUAACUUCAAACUCUCUCUGGUGUGAGCACUGUAACGUGGCCAGUAAUUGGUCCGAGGGAGGAUGAUUGGGCACCUUAUUGGAUGAGAAUUGGAAUAAUCCUGACUUGGGGGUGGUUGAAGGCUUCAGUGUUAGGUGGCUAAGGUGGUGUAGAGGGAAGUGGUGGUACACCAAGUCAAAUGUUCUGAAUAGUUAGAGGAUAAGCACUUAGGAACAGUCUUCAUCUAGUCCCAGGCUCUGUCAGUGGAACUGAAGUAGUAAUUGAAGCCUAUUCAGAUGCAGUAUUUUUGGACUUGUGUCAAAAACACAGCAAGCUUCAAUGGGUUAAAUUA